AGUGCGGGCUCCCUGUCGCUUCGAGCCCACGGCCCAACCUGCCCAGAGACCACCGCCGAGAGACCCGCAGCCAGACACUGUUCCCGCAGACUCAUCGCACCACUACAUCACCCCUCUUCGCCCGCCCGAGAUCGAGCCAUCGAGACCGAGCCGUCGAGAGCGCCGCCAACAGCAACACGGCGGAGCCAGGUUCGCGGCAUCGCCCAUCAGCACCGAACUCCACCGAUACCGCCGGCAAACACACCGGUGACGGCGACCCUGUAGAAUGAGCCAGAGCUCCGUGGAGAGCAAAAGCCAAAGUCAAAUCAUCCUCCCGACGAACGAGCUGUAUGAGCGCCGCGAUCUGCAACCCCGGUCUCGGUCUGAGGAUGGGUCGUUCGGCCUCGCCCAUCGACGGCGUUCGGUUUCGGCAUCGGGAUACGAGUCGACGCGAAUCGACCCCGCCGUUGAGGCCAUGCUCCGCGACAUGCGGAACGACAUCCUGGUCUCUAACCAGGAACUCUCCGAGAUCAAGAAGAGCCUCCUGGCGCUGUCCGAUGGUCGGUCAGCCCACGAACACACAAGCGCCGUCGAUCCAAACCAAAACGCCGGGGGUAACGACAAUCAGGUCACCGCACCCUCGCGGUCCUCUCCGCACACUUCGCAAGAACACCUGGAAGAAGUACACGAUCAAGUCCCCGACUUUGACGAAGAGGCAAGCGUUAUGCCGUCGAUGGCCCGGAAAAACAGACGGGCAAGCAUCCAGGAGGUCUUUUCGAAACCAGUCGAGUGGACCGUCAACCGGCAGCCCAACAUCAAGAUUGAGAGCAAGCCCCUGAAGAUCAUCCAUCCGUUUUCGGGAUUUCGGGCCGGCUGGGAUGUGACUAUGGGAGCGUUCUACUUCCUGCUGCUAUGGCUCGUGCCGCUGAUCGUUGCCUUUGAUGUCUUUCAAAUCGCCGUUGUACCAAUGGGCAUCUUCACCUCGGCAAUCUAUGUGUGCGACAGCGUCGUCGGGCAGCUGACACAGAAGGUCGUCGAGGACGGCGAGAACAUCAAGAAGCCAACACCCUUCUCGUUCUACCUUGGAGUGCUCAUGGAUCUGAUCAGUAUGGUUCCGUUCGAGCUCCUUCCGGUCACAAACAGCAACCUGCUCGUCCUGAUCCAUCUCCUGCGAGCUCGCCACUUUCCCAAGCUCAUAUCAGAGUCACAGAUCUUCAAGCAGAUACGAUACGAACUGGAGGAGCACUUUGACAUCGGAGAGUUGAUCUGGACCCUUAUCGGACUCACUUUUAGUCUGCUCAUCAUCUUGCACUGGGAGUCAUGCGCCGUUUGGAUCAUGGGCAAAGCCAACGGAUACGCAUCAUGGCCAGCUGAGUAUCGGGAUCAGCUCGUCAACCAGGGCUUUGGCGGACAGUACGUCUGGGGCUUCUACAUUGCCGUCUCCAACACCUUCCCGCUGAGCUUCAGCACGUAUAUCACCUCGGAGCAAAACGUUUUCAUUCUCUUUGUAAUUGUGUGUGCAGUGCUGUACGCAGCCAUCAUCGGAACGUUUUCAUCGCUGGUCAUGGGUUUCGAUGCUUCCGGUCGGCAAUACAAGCAAAAAAUCGACGCCAUAAAUGAGUAUCUGCGCUUCAAGAAGAUUCCCGACUCAACCCGAGCCAAAGUCCGAGAGUUCUACCAGGUCAAAUACCACGGAAAGUUCUUCGAGGAGGAGACGCUGCUGAAAGAGCUCAACGAGUCCAUGAGGCAGGAGAUAGCCAUGUACAACUGCCGGGACCUGAUAUCGAAAGUGUCGUUUCUGCGUCGCAACAAAGGCGACGGCCGCGACGAGCUAUUUCUCACCAAGCUGUGCAUGGCGCUGGUGCCGUGCUAUUUUAUCCGGAACGAAAUCAUCUUUACGAGUGGACAGGAAGGAUCAGAUAUGUACUUCAUCCAGUCCGGAGACGUUAGCGUGAUUGUCAACGGAAUGAGCGUUGCCGAACUGUCGGACGGAUGCUUCUUUGGAGAGGUUUCCAUGAUAACGGGAAGCGCACGCACGGCAACAGUGCGGGCCAACCGCAAGAGUGUCAUGUACAAGCUCGGACAGUCGGGAUUCAACCAGAUUCUGAAUGAGUUCCCCGAUGUCGGCCAGACCAUCCAAGCCGCUUUUGCGGCGCGCAUGUCCAAGGUGCUGAAAGAAACCAUUCAAGCAGGGCUGACCAAAAUACCAGGGGGAGUCUCCAGCCGCAGCAAUUCAAUAGCCUUUGGAAUGAACCCGAAUAUCAGCGUCAACGGGGAUCUCCUGGUGUCAGGCAACAUCAUGGGCGAUGUGUAGCGAUCGCGACUCGUCCCGGAAGGAAG